CCUCGGUCCGCCUCCGUGCUGCCCGCUCCCUCCGCCAGGCCCUGGCCCGGGCCUCAGGCGCCGGCCCCCGACCCCGGCAGUGAGAGAUCAUGAAUCAGGCAGAUAAAAAUCAACAAGAAAUCCCAUCAUACCUUAGUGAUGAACCACCAGAAGGUUCAGUGAAAGAUCACCCACAGCAGCAACCAGGCAUGUUGUCCCGUGUGACUGGGGGUAUCUUCAGUGUUACAAAGGGAGCUGUUGGUGCCACCAUUGGUGGUGUGGCUUGGAUUGGUGGAAAGAGCCUGGAGGUGACCAAAACAGCUGUUACAACUGUGCCUUCCAUGGGAAUAGGGCUGGUGAAAGGGGGUGUGUCUGCUGUGGCUGGAGGUGUUACAGCUGUUGGGUCUGCUGUUGUAAACAAAGUGCCCUUAACAGGAAAGAAGAAAGACAAAUCUGACUAAAAUAUGGAGAUAGACUUGCUCUCCACAGCAUUAUGAUGCCAGUGGCAUUGAAUUGCUAAAUUAUGGACUACAACCAAGUCACCUGUUUUGGACGUUUAUCUUCUAAAUUGCUGUGUUGAAAGUAUUGAUGACUGGCUUUCGUCUAAAAAGAAGAGACCAAUACUAGCACAGUGUAUGAAGGUUUCUCAUACUUCAAUUCCAGCUUUUUAUCUGGUAAACUGUUACUUAUUCAGUUGUAACUGAAGAUAUGGUAUAUUUGAAUAUUUACUAUAAGUCUUUCAGUUUAACUAAAAAUGUGAAAGUUGAAUUUAGUGGAUAAUCUUUACAGUUCCAUAUGUACAAUGUGCCAGGUAACUCAUCUGCCCCUUAAGAAGGGAAGCUUGAACUACAUAAACUGUACCUUUGAUGUGCCUAAUAGUUUCAGAUGUCUUAGUUUUUUUAUAACCAUAGUUGAUUAGGCCAAGAGGCAUUCUUUUUGUUAUUUAAGCUGGUAAAAGUAGCAGGAAUUAGAGAAGUUUAAAAGAAAAGAUAAAUUUUAUGAUACUAAGUGUUAACCAUCUUUCAUUAGAUAUGCAUUAUAUUAAUUUAAUCAUUGAUGCCUUACAAAAGAAAACAUCUUUUCUAAUACCCUAAAUAUGUGCAGUUCUUAGAACUAUAUAUGAAUUCUUUUAAAAGUUGUGAAUUAGUUUUCCCUUUUAAGGAUCUCAGGAGUAGUGGGAUAAAGGCAUUUCUUGCUCUCAGCAGGUAAGAUAAUGCUCGUUAACUUUUUGUUAACUAUUAGUAGUUAUAACCAAAUCGUACGCUUCAACCUGGGUUCAUGCUCCAUCACUAAUACACCUCACAGUGCCUAAGGAACAUUUCUUUGCUGGUCAGAAGCUAUGUUGGAAGAGUUUCAUAUUAAGGAGGAAUAAAUAAAUAAUUUUAAGUUCUUAAGAAUUAUCUAAAGCAUCCAAGAUAUAAAAAGAAUUCUUCAUACCUAUUUUAUUUCUAGGAUGGCUUAAAUUACUAGCAGUACCCCUUUUCAAAAACACAGUAAAAGCAACCACAAAUAUGUGAGGGCUGACUUUUAAAUUGAAUGAAAUGGGCUCCAUAGAUUAGUUUUGAAGGUAAAAUAUAUAUAAGUGCUUUCAAUGGUUUAUAGGCUUUUAAAAUCUGUUAUCUUGCAGCCCUUUAAAGUAGCUGUAGAAUUUAUAUCAUUUUCCAAGUCACCUUCAGGCGGGGGAUUGAAGUUUCUGAUUAUGGACGAUAAGUGUCAUGUCUUAUUAACAGGUCUCAUCAUGUCUCAUUCAUUCUCAAAGAAUAUAACUUAGCUGGAAUUCAUCUGUUUUUUGUUUCAUGGUCAGUUUCAUAAAAAUUUAAAAAGUGGCAUAUAUAUUUGGCAUUCCUCUUAACUAAGGGUUAUAAUCCAAGUCUGAAAAAUCUUAGUUUUCUAUAAUUAAGUCUGGAAAUUUGCCUCCAUUCCACAGGUUUUUUUUUUUUUUUUUUUUUUUGCGCGAGGGAAGGGAGGAAAGGAGGUGAUGCUGUGGAGUAAAUAAAUCAAUAUAGCAUCCCUGAGAACUUAAAACAGAUCACUAAUACCCAAGGUUUAAAUGAAAUGUUUGUAAACCACUGUGAGUUUUACAUUAAUAAUGUGGAUCAGCAAAUGGAUAAGAAUAUAACUUAACUUUUAAAAGCUUUCAUGAAUACCAGCAGGGAUUUUAAGCAAAUCUACAAAGGUUCUUGAACCUCUCUACUGUACACACAACUUCAAAGUCGUUAAGGAGAUUAUCAGAAAUAAAUGGUCGUUUAUUUCAUGCAGUAUGAUUUAAGGUAUAUUUGUUGGUAUAUCUGGUCAAAUGUCAUAAUUAGCAAAGGGGAUUUUAUUUUAAAAACUUCAAAAGUAGUAGAUGAACACUAAAUAAUGAACUAAAUAAUGGAAUUGGAGAACUUGUUUCCUGCUAUUUGAAAGAAAUUGCUUCAUUGCUAGUUUACAUUUCUAAAUUUAUCUUCUGUAGUGAUAGGCUCUGCUGUGCUUUGUACCUGAAUUUCUAAAUAUAGACUUCACUGUGUGCUUGCAUAUUUAUUUUCAAGUUAGCUUGUCUUUAAAAUCGCUUGAGGAAAAAUGGUUGUAAUUAAUUUCUGCUACAUAAAAGCCACCUGGAACAUUUUAUCUGAUAAAGUUUGUUUUAAAUUCUAAACUAUAACUUUGUUCAGGAGAGGCUUUUGCAGUGGUAGCAGAGAACUGUACAAAUGAUCAGUUAGUUAUAGAGGUUCUUGUUGAAAUGAACUUGCCAUUUGAUGAUAUCUACAGCUAUAUACUUGAGUCUUUUCCAGUUUAUUUUCAUAGACUAGUAGUUAGACCUGUAAAACAAUACUAGUUCACUUCAAGAAACUAAGGUUGUUUGUACACCUGGAGGCACCUGUUAUUCAUUUUAUCUUUUGAGUGGGUGUUUGGCACAAUGAAGAUAACCCUGUGUGACCCACUUGAAUGACUGACGUAAUGUUGACAUUAUGACUCCUGUACUUAGUGAAAUGUCAGAUGAAAAUAACUGAUGAUUGAAUAAAUUUUUUUGUAUUAAAGUAAUGGGAAAAGAAUACAUGAAUCUGUUAAUAAAGCACUAUGAUCUGCAAAAGAUGAAAUGUUUCAUAAAGAUCUAAGGAAAUAAAGGAAAUUUUAAAAUAGG